AUGCCUGGGUUGGUAUUUCACUGGUAUAGCCGCCUCGCAUAUAUCACCCCGUCCACCUGGCACCAUUGUGCUAGUCAACUACCUUGGGCACGUGGAAGAGCUUGUAUUGCUUCCAACCAGUUCUGGUACAGGAAUCUUCACGGGCAAACAGCUAGAUUCCCCACCAAGAUGGCUCCAAGAAAAAUCCUCAUCUACCUGUUGCGCAGAGAUCUGCGCGUCUCAGACAACCCGAUAUUCCACAACCUCGCGACCCAAAAGGACCACGGUUUCACUCACCUCCUCCCUGUCUACAUAUUUCUCCCAAACCAAAUUGAGAUUUCUGGCUUCAUCUCGGACAAGUCAGCGAAGAGCCCCUACCCAGAAGCCAGGAGCAAGGUUGCCGGGUACUGGAGAUGCGGACCUUACCGGGCCAAGUUCAUCUCCCAGGCAGUGUGGGAUGUGAAGCAAUCACUCGAGAAGAUAAACAGCGGGCUGCUGUUGCGUCUCGGAAGCUUUCAAGAUGUCCUCGAGGGCCUUCUCGAUGGUUUCAAAGAACGAGGUGACACUUGUUCGGUUUGGAUGGUCGGGGAGGAGGGACUCGAAGAAAUACAAGACGAGAAUUCCAUAUCAACAGUGUGUAGGGCGAGGGGAUUCGACUUCAAGAAAUUGGUGGAUGAGAAGUAUUUUAUCGACGAUCGCGACUUGAACUUCGCUGAGCCCCAAGACCUGCCGGGGAUUUUUACAGACUACCGGAAGUCGGUUGAGCCAUUAAGAGAGAGACCGAGAAAGUCGUUACAAACACCUGAAACAGACUCACUCCCACCAUUCCCUGAGCCUGAUACCAUCCCCGAGCAAUCACGGCCGUUUUCAGUCCCAGACAACUAUGAAGACCUUGAGACAGCGCUCCUAAAGCCUGUGAAGGACUUCAACGGUGGUCCUUUCCCCGAGCAUGCCGAGAACGCCACCACCGCCCACCCUUUCAAGGGAGGCGAGACGGCAGGACAGGAGCGUUUGCAAUACGUCAUGCGCUCCGGUAUAAUCAAGGGCUACAAGACAUCUCGCAACGGUCUCAUCGGCCCCGACUUCAGUACAAAACUCUCGGCUUAUCUCGCGCAAGGAUGCAUCACUGCCCGGCAGAUACAUGAAUCAUUACUCAGUUACGAGGACGGCAGCGCUACUGAACUUGCAGAGAUCGAAGGAUUCGGGCAGGGUGAAAACAUUAACACCAAAUCGGUCAGGGAGGAGUUGAUGUGGAGGGACUACAUGCGAUUGUACGCCAGAAAGAUCAAAGGAAAGCUAUAUUCGGUCGAGGGUCCCAGGGGCGGUCGCAACUAUGAGGCCAGCAGCAGCGGGGAAGCCGUCGACAGCGGGUCACCGCCUAUUGCCAAAAAGGUUAUUUGGAAGACGCCGGAUCCCGCUGCUGCCGACCCGCGGCAGACACCAGAGCCCGAAAAGAUCAAAGUAUGCUUAGAUCGGUUUCUGGCCGGAACGACGGGUCUUGGAUUGAUCGACGCCUCCAUGCGUGAGCUGAUGCACACUGGGUACACGUCCAAUCGGGCCCGCCAGAAUGCAGCCAAUUUCUUGGCCAAGCACCUAGGGAUCGACUGGCGUUGGGGAGCCGAAUGGUACGAGAUGUUGCUGGUGGACUACGAUGUGUGUUCGAACUGGGCGAACUGGCAGUACGUGGCUGGUGUCGGAAACGAUCCGCGCGGCGAGGCCCGAAUCUUCAACCCGGUCAAGCAAGCGUUCGAUUACGAUAAGGAGGGCGCUUACGUCAAGAUGUGGGUGCCUGAGUUGGCGCCCUUUGGCAACAGGCUUGAACUCGUCUUUCAAGCCUGCAAGGCGACCCCGCAGGAGCGCGACGAGGCUGGACUGUCGGACAACAUUAUGGUCACGGACCCGGUGAAGCGUAUCGCGUUCAACCCCAACGGCAAGCCACCGAGCAAGAGGCCGUGGAAGAAGAAGGAUUCUGUCUCGGGCAACACUGCUGGCGGUGGGGGAGGUUCUCCCAACGAAGGCAGCCCCAGGACCGAAACCAAUGGUGGCGCACAGGGCAAGGGCGAUGGCUCACAGCAAUCUCGGGGUGGGAGGCAGCAGUGGCGCCCCAGUGGCCAGGGGUACCCUCCGCAGACGGGCAGGGCUCAGCCCGGCAGUGGCGGGGGGUACCGAAGCUACCACAAUGCCGCUUACGGCGGGCCAGGACCACAAGGGGGCCGGGGUGGCGGCUGGCGAGGGCGACCGGCCGGGCCUGGCCGGGGUGCGGGGUUGCAGGGCUUUAAUUACCGAGGCCCAGGUGGCGGCGGAGUAUACUAUGUAGGUCGUGGCGGCUACCCGCAUCAGCCGUACGAGGGAGGGGCUCCUCCCAACUACGCCGUCGUCCAGGGAGGUGGGCAGCAUCCCAUGUCGCACUACGGACCCGGCGGCGGGGCCUCGCCGCAGUCGCAGCAGGGGUGGACGCCACCAAACCAAGGACAGUACCCUCAGCAGCAACAACAGCAGCAGCAGCAAGAACAACAGCCGCAGCCGCAGCCGCAGCAGCAGCACAGCAGCAACAACAACAGCCACGGCUAUGGCUUUGUCGGCCCCACGAUCCAUAUGAUGCCGGUCACUUACUUUGUUAUGCCCAAUGGGUAUGAGUCGUACUAUGUACAGUAUCCCGCCAUGGAUGGGACUCAAGAUAACUAA